AUAAAGGAGAGAGAGCGCACCUAAGUCUCGUCACAAACCAUUGCCGGUUGGUGACAGAAUUUGUUCUAGGUUCCUUCAAUCCACAGAUUGGCACGAUGAUUUUACCUUAUGCUGUUAUAUUCAUGGGAAUUGUUUCCCUUUCAUUUGCCGGUAUGCCAAAUAUCACAUGGUGUACAGUCUCCGAAGCAGAAUUAUCAAAAUGCAUUGAUUUGAGAAAAUCAAUGGCAGGUGAACCCUUUAACUUCCAAUGUAUAAUGGAAGACAGUGAUGAAACCUGUCUGACUGCAAUCAAGAAUGGAGAAGCAGAUGCUAUAACUGUGGAUGGUGGAGAUAUAUACAAGGGAGGUCUCUUGCCUGAACCACGUCUGAAACCAAUUGCAGCAGAGAACACUACAGGAGGCUCCUGCUACUAUGCUGUGGCAGUUGUAAAGCAAGGGAGUGACUUUGGCUUCAGAAAUCUAUCGGGCAAAAGAUCUUGCCACACUGGCAUUGGUAAAUCUGCUGGCUGGAUCAUCCCGAUUGGAACCAUUCUGAGAUACAACUUAACAUCUUGGAAAGGAACAACUCCAAUUGAGGAAGUUGUACAAAACUUCUUCUCCUCCAGCUGUGUCCCAGGUGCCAGUCCAGAUUUCCCAAAACUGUGUGCACUGUGCAACGGGACAGAAGGGAACCAUUGCAAGAAAUCACACGUUGAACCCUACUACGGUUACUCGGGAGCAUUUCAAUGUUUGAAGGACGGUGCUGGUGAAGUGGCCUUUGUGAAGCAUAGCACAGUGCCAGCUGCUGAGAGACAAAACUAUGAGCUCCUGUGCCUGGAUGGAUCCCGAAAGCCAGUGGAAAAUUACAAGGAAUGUCACUGGGCAAAGGUGCCGGCUCAUGCCGUGGUGGUGAGAAGUGGGAGCGCUGAUGAUGAGAAGACCGAGGUGGUUUGGAGAUUCCUAUCAAGAGCUCAGGGAUUAUUUGGGCCAUUGAAUAAAAGCCCUUUCAAUCUCUUCAACUCAACAAAAUAUGGACAGAAGGAUUUGAUGUUCAAAGAUUCAACACAGAACCUUAUUCAGCUCCCAACUGGGAUGGAUUCUUUUCUAUACCUUGGCAGUGAAUAUGCAAAUGCUGUAAAGAUUCUUCAAAAUAAAAACAAGAGUGCCUCGAAUCCUUCUAAGAUACGCUGGUGUACUAUUGGAGCUCUUGAACAAAAGAAGUGUAACAGCUGGGGGGCAGUAAAAUGUGUUAUGGGCCUCAGUGCUGAAGACUGCAUCAAAAAGAUUAUGUUUGGAGAUGCUGAUGCAGCAAGUUUUGAUGGAGGAGAGGUCUAUACUGCAGGAAAGUGUGGUCUUGUUCCAGUCAUGGCAGAGUAUUAUAAUAAAACCGAUCUUGGACCAUGCACAUCCACAGGAGUGAGUAACAAGACACCCUCUUACUAUGCCGUGGCGGUUGUAAAGGAUGCUAGCCUGAACUGGGAGACACUGAAAGGGAAGAAGUCCUGUCACACAGCUGUUGGGCGAACUGCUGGCUGGAACAUUCCCAUGGGACACCUGAUUUCAAAGGGGAAAAUCGAUGCUUGUGAUACUUUUAAUUCAACAUAUUUCAGUCAGAGCUGUGCCCCUGGAGCGAAUGCUGCCCUGUACCCAAAUCUGUGCUCUCUGUGCAUUGGAAGUCAAAGUCAAAGUUCAAUGCCGCCAACAGACAAGUGUGCGGCCAACAUCAAUGAGAGGUACUACAGCUACAGCGGCGCCUUCAGGUGCCUGGUGGACGUAGGCGAUGUUGCAUUUGUUAAACAUACCACUGUGCUGGAGAACACUGACGGUAAUGGAAAGCUUGACUGGAAUCAGAAUCUGGUCUCUUCUAAUUAUCACCUCUUGUGCAAAGAUGGUACUACAGCCCCAAUUGAUCAGUUCAUGAACUGCCACUUGGCUGAUGCCCCAUCUCAUGCUGUUAUGACACGACUGGAUAGGAGAGAAAAGGUUCUCAAAUUGCUGAAGAGUGAGCAGGUGAAACAUGGUCAUGGUGGAUCUGAGGAAAGUAUCUUCGCCAUGUUCGACUCAGUAGCAUUUUCUGGGAAGAACCUCCUAUUUAAAGACUCCACUCAAUGUCUCAUUGAAGUCCCCGACAGUGACUACAAAAAGUAUCUGGGUGACAGUUACAUUAAAAUAGUGGAAGGACUCCAGUCCUGUGAACCCCUUGAGCUCCUGGAAGCUUGUUCCUUUAAAACCUCCUUCUCCAAGAAGCAGAAAAUUCCCAGGUUCUCUUUGCCGAUUGAAGUUGGUGUAGUAGAGAUUGCCUCUUACCUUCACCAGUCUUUCAACAUGUGGGGCAGGAUGAGGCUACUGUUCAUGGCUUUAGUCUUGGGAAUUAUUGAUGGAACCACUGCAUCCGCUGGCGAUAAGUUACGUUGGUGCACCACCAGCGAGAAAGAACAGAUUAAGUGCAGCAACUGGACAUCGGUCAGCUGUGUCCAGGCUGACUCCGUGGAAGACUGCAUUCAGAAAGUUACAUUGGCUGAAGCUGAUGCUGUUGUUCUGCACAGUGCAAGAAUGCUUGCUGCAGAAAAGUGUGGUCUGGUCCCAGUCAUGACUGAAUAUUAUAACAAAGACUAUCUUGAACCCUGCAGGGACCCAGCAGCACACACAGAGCCUUUUGUAUAUAUAGUGGCUGUUGUGAAGGAUCAAACUUUGACCUGGGACACCCUGAAAGGCAAGAAAUCAUGCUACACAGCUCUUAACCGAACUGGUUGGAAUAUUCCAAUGGGGUGGUUGAUUGCCCAGGACAAAAUCAAAAACUGCAGCCUUUACAACUCAACAUUUUUCAGUGAAAGCUGUGCUGCAGGGGCAGAUCCAGACUCCAAACUGUGCUCUUUGUGCGCUGGUGAUGAGAAUUCAACCCCUCCUGGAAAAGACAAGUGUGCCUUCAGCGACAAUGAAAUUUACUGGGGCUUCAAUGGUGCUUUCAGGUGCCUGGUGGAGAAGGGGGAUGUUACUUUCAUCAAAGAUACAACUGUCUUUGACAACGCUGAUGGUAAUUCACAAGAGGAGUGGGCUACGGGUCUCAGGUCCAGUGAUUUUAAGCUGCUGUGCUUAAAUGGCACUCAGGCUCCAGUAACAGAUUAUAAGACGUGCCACUUGGCUCAAGUACCAGCUCGAGCAGUUGCAUCCCGUGCUGAGUCAAGGCGUCAAGUCCUGCAGUUUUUAAAGGACCAGCAACUCAAAUAUGGCCGAGGUGGAUCUGAGGAGGACCAGUUUGCAAUGUUUGAUUCGACCAAGUUUCAUGGCAAGGGUCUCUUGUUUUCGGAUGCGACUCAGUGUCUGAUUGAAGUGCCCACUGCAAGUUUUAACCAAUUACUGGGUGAAGGGUACACCACAGCGAUGGAAGGACUCUACACCUGUGAACCACCUGAUUUCCCCGAAAUCUAUCACCUUGGCCGUUGCCAGGUCCCGCAUUAAGUCGGCUAUGAUUUCCGCAUUGACCUUGCUAUCUCAUCGUUCUUCCCUCUCUCUGGGCCAAUAUCAGCCUCAGUUCAGUGAUAGCCCCUCUAUUUCCAGCUGAAUUAUUUGUACGUACUGACUUGCUAUCCCUCCAUUGUUAAAGAAACAUAACCUUCGUCAAGAGUUUUAAUCCAUUCAAACUGUUGUUGUGAGGUUCAGCAAAUGUGGGAAGGCGCACAGCCGGGAACAUCAAAUGCAAGGAGACACAGUUGAUUCAUACUUUAUGCCAAACCAUGUAUUCAAACCCAGUCCAGCUAUUAGAAUGACAUCUCCUCUGGUUGGCAGUUGCUGAAUUAUGACUCAGUCACAGUAUUAUACCUUUAAAUUGCUUCAAUAAAGAACCAUCAAAAACACCAA